ACCUACACAUCUUUUCACACGAAAGCUGUUCACAGGCUAUUCAUUUCAACUUCCGACCGCUUCUUAAAUCAAGGUUGCAUUCCCUUUCUCUGUAUUCAUCCUUCACCCACAACCGCAGUCUCUCUCUCGUCCGCCAUGAGCGCGUCCCCGUUGGCCGUAAGCAUCAAGCACCCAACCAGCGACGAGGAAGACCUCGCCCCCAUGCCCAUCCGCCGCCACCGCCGGCGGUGCCUAAUCUACGGUGGCUCCUGCGCGGCUGUCCUCGUCAUCCUCACCGUCGUCAUCGGCGCCGUCGCCCUCACCGUAUUUAAGGUCAAGGAGCCCAUCAUGACCAUGAACAGCGUCACCGUCCAGCGGCUGGCCAUCGCCUCCGGCACGCCCUCCUCCACCGCCCAGCCCUUCGCCAUCAACAUGACAGUCGUCGCGGACGUGUCGGUGAAGAACCCCAACGCCGCCAGCGUCCGCUUCGGCGCCAGCACCACGACCCUCUACUACCGCGCCCGCGAGAUGGGCGUCGCCCGCGGGCCCCCCGGCACCGCUCGGGCGCACCGCACCUUCCGCCUGAACGUGACGGUGGACGUCAUGGCCGACAGGAUCUUCGGCGACGCCAACCUGUUCGACGACCUGGCGGGGGGGAGCAUCGCGGUGACCACGUCGACCACGGUGGGCGGCCGGGUGCAGGUCCUCGGGCUGUUCAAGCAUCACGUGGACGUGACGAUGAACUGCAGCAUCACCAUGGCCGUGGCCAAUCAGUCCAUCGUGGAUCAAAACUGCGCGCACAAGGUUCGGCCGUGAAGACGACGACGACGAUGGUACCUUCUUCCCUUCUCCGCGUUCUUGUUCGCGUCGAGAUGCAGGCCGCCGGUGAAUAUGACCACAAUGGUUAGGUCCGUGUCAACGUUGACAGGCAGGGAGUGGGUUGACGAUAAAGCCAUGUGAAGACAUUAAUGAGACGAGUCGGACAUCAUUCGUCAACGGCUGAGUCGGGAACGUGAUCCCAUCUCUGUUCCACAUGAUAACACGUUAAUGUGAUAGAUGAUGAGAGGAUCAUUGGGUACAGGAGAACAACUACAUUACUGCAGUUUAAAUCCAAGCUCGUCUUUCGACGUCUUGUUGCUUUCUUCUGUCAAAAAGCUCGAAAAGGUGGCGGAUUUCCAGGGUAAGCGAACUGAAAAGCCUACAAGCAUGCAGAGGAGACAGAUGAUGGGAUGCACCGCACAUUCCUUGCUCCACCAUGUCGCAAAGAGA